AUGUCAGGUCGCAAUGAUGGGGGUGACUCCUCCAACGACUCUGCGGCGGAAGACAGAAAGAGGUCAAGAGAAGAGCUCGUGGCCCUGAGGACGCAAGUUAGCUCGCUGACGGAUCAGAUGAGUCAGUUAAUGUCGCUAGUGGAAGAUACCACGGAGGCAAGCAAGAAGGAGGAGCCAGCUGGCACCAUGGAGGGUGCCGCUGAUCGCGGCGAUGCUAGGGAGAGCGCCGCCGUGGAGUCCACGAACGCCGAAGGAGGGGCACCGUGGACCGGGAGUGCGCAGGACGGGAGGUACCUGCGCGAACCUGUUCGAGAGUCUGGCCCGUCAGGGCGACACAGCGGCGAAGCAGGGGGCUUUGUCCCCCAAGAGGUGAGAUUAGCCGCUGCUCACAACCAAGAUUAUUGUAGUGCCAUGGGAGAUGGUGGUGCUGCUGUUGGCUUUGGAUACGGAGCCACAACCCCAGCGACGGGGUACCAAAGUGUGCGGUACACUUCUCCGUUCAGAAAGAAAUCGAAAGAUUUCAACGAAUGGCUAAAUGAUUUCCGCAUGGCAGCUAAUGGCGUAAACCUGUUGGAACAAUUUAAAGAGAGCGGGAGCUUGGAGAUCCCCGUCAACAGCGGAAAGAGCAAGUUUUCGCUGUCACAGCAAUACCGGAGCGAGCUAGAGCUCGCCUUCCACGCGUGGAGCUUCCUGUCUCACGCGUUGAAAGACAAAGAUCGGACAAUCAUGAAGAGGGCAGAGACGCCCCAGGGAGCUCUUCGUGAGCUCAAGACCAUACACGACCCUAAAUCAUCUGCACAGCCGUCAGAGGACCUCAAGUCCCUGACGUCGACCAAGAUCUCUAGAGGUGGAAACCCCCAAAACGCCCUAAAUGAGAUGCUCCACACCGCAAAGUCCUCAACCGAGAAAGGGCUAACUGUCAGCGAAACGUUCGUCCUUCACCUCUUCCUGGAUGCCCUUUUGGACGAGUACGCCAUGACAAAGCACAACCUGCGACACGCGGAGUUGACGCGGACCGGUUUGACGCGGACCGGUGUGCUAAAGGAAGUAAUGAUCGAAUACAAGGCAAUCAAGGACAAGAGGGAGCAGGGGAAAGGGAAAGGUGUGAAGGGCGCAGAGCAAGCGUACUUCGCCGACGGUGAGGGCCGCAGGGAGCGGUACUCAAGUAGGAGUCAGGGGCAAGGUCGUGGUCGCGGCGGCGGCCGUGGCCGCAGCAGCAGUCGUGACCGCGGCGGAGGCGGUCGCGGCGGCGGCGACGGCGGUCGCGGCGGCCGCUCAGGCGGAUCCGGAGGAGUCGAGGAGAGCAAGGGAAGCAGUAGUGGAGGCGCCGAUGGCGGCGGUGGCGGGGACUAUAAGUUCCCGGGCCGGUGCUUUAGGUGUGGACAUCGUGGACAUCAAGCGAUCGGCUGCACCACCAACGAGAAGGACUUCGUGCCGUGGUGUGCGAGCUGCGAGGGGUGGGGCCACACCAAAGAAAAGUGCCCGACUGAGGAGGCCGUCCUAGCGCAAGUGGUGGAGCAUGAGAGCGACGUGGACUCCGUGGAAGACCAGGCGUUUUGUGCCGUGGCAGUCCCCCCAGGCGAGUGUGGUACCGUUGGUGAAGUAGGUCUAGUGGGGGUUGUGAAACAAGGCCAGGCGGUGUACGUGGCCGACACAGCGGCCACGUGCUCCAUGUUCCGAUGUACAGACAACUUCGUGAACUACCGUGAGCAUAGUGGUUGGGUGAAGGGGAUCGGAGGCGACAAGGCCCCCGUUCCUCUUCUAGGAUACGGAGAUGUAACCUUAGUCCUACAGACGGAAGAUGGUGGAGUACCCGUACCAGUACGGAAUGCUGCCCAUGUACCAGAGGCCCCCUACAACCUCCUCUCGCUGUCUUCGUUGGUGGAGGAGGGCCACACGUGUUCGGAGAUGAAGGGGGGCCUCACGCUGACCACGAAAGCCGGGGGGGAGGUGUGGUCCCCCCGGACUGGAAAGCGGCUGACCCAACGAGGCUAUCAAAUAAAGACAACGCUACACACCGCUUGUGCCGCACUCAUUGUUCCUGGCGAUGCGAAAGCAGCCACCCCCACUGACCUCAACGAAUACCACCUCGCGCACGGCCAUGCCCACGAGAAAUUGCUCAGGAUCACGGCGGAGCAGCAGGGAGUGCAGCUGACGCAUGGACCGCUGCUACCCUGUAUUGGCUGUUCGAUGUCCAAGGGACAGCCAGUGACGGCUCAGUCGACCUCGGAAGCAGAGUAUAUGGCAGCCGGGGAGGGCGUGAAGGAGGCGUUGUUUGUACGUGGCGUGCUGUCGUUCAUAGCGCCCGAGACAAGUGGGGCGAAGAUCAAGGUCCUUGAGGACAACAAGGGGGCUCUCGCCUUUAUCGAGAACCCGUUCAGCUCAGCGAGGAGCAAGCACAUCGACGUGCGGUUCCAUUUCAUUCGCGAGCUAUCCAAGUCGGGCAAGAUCACUGCAGAGAAGCGUUGUGCCGGCGCGUCACCCGUGGCUGGAGCCUAG